UCCCCAUCCCCAUCCCUCUCCCCAUCCCCAUCUCCAUCCCCCUCUUCCCAACCCCUUCCCCAUCCCCAUCGCCGAGACCUUGCAGGACCGUUGCCCAUCCCGGCUCCUCCAGCUCCUGGCCCUCCACUCAGGUUCCUUCCCUUAACAAACACCAUCAUCAUCAUUAUUAUCAUUAUCAUUACCCCUUCCCCAUCCCCGAGACCUUGCAGGACCGUUGCCCAUCCCGGCUCCUCCAGCUCCUGGCCCUCCUCUCAGGUUCCUUCCCCCGAGCUCCAUCCCUUAACAAACACCAUCAUCAUCAUUAUUAUCAUGAUCAUUACCCCUUCCCCAUCCCCAUCCCCGAGACCUUGCAGGACCGUUGCCCAUCCGGCUCCUCCAGCUCCUGGCCCUCCUCUCGGGUUCCUUCCCCUAAGCUCCAUCCCUUAACAAACACCAUCAUCAUCAUUAUUAUCAUUAUCAUUACCCCUUCCCCAUCCCCGAGACCUUGCAGGACCGUUGCCCAUCCCGGCUCGUCCAGCUCCUGGCCCUCCUCUUGGGUUCCUUCCCCCAAGCUCCAUCCCUUCACAAAUACCAUCAUCAGCAUCAUCAUUAUCAAUCAUUAUCCGCAGCCCUGGUCCUCUUCCCAAAGGCUACCCUCCUUCCCUGUCCGAGCAUCCCGGUGUCUCCUUCCUCCUCUCCCUGCCCCAAAUUCCCAGCCCCUUCCUCGUCGUUCCCCUGCUCUGGUGCUGGGGUCCCUGCAGCCCCCUCCUCUCUGCAGGCCCAGGAGUGGGGGGCGAGUGGCACUGGGCAUGCUCAUAUUGCCACUGCGGCGGGCGAAGAGCUUGGUCCAGGAAAAACCAGGCCCGGGGGGCACCUGGAGGGCGGUGGGAAGGACAGGGCCGCCAGGCCGGUGAGGCCUUGACCCCUCCAUGUACGCCUUCUACUCCCUCCUCAUCUACAUCUUCUACAGCCUCUUCCGGAGGGAAAGGAGUGGGGAAGGGGCCGUGGACCAUUCCCAGGGCAGUGACCCCCGGGAACACCACCAGCCUCUGCCGGACCUGUGGACGGACCUGACCGGCCCUGACGGUAGCUCGGACCAAAACUCAGAUGGAGGGGAGGGAGAGGAGGAGGAGGAGGAGGAGGAAGAGGCAACUGGAGGGGCUGGGCCCAGCCCUGCCAGGGGCUCUUUGGAGGAGGCCUUGGCCCCCUUGGCUGAGUUCCUGAUCCUCACGCUGGGGGCCAGAGAAGGUCGUGAGGGGCUCCCUUACCCAGACAAGCCCGAGGGUGCCAUCCUGUUGGCGUCGUUGGUCCGGAGGCUACUGGGCUUCUUGGCCCAGCGGCUGCGGCGGAAGAAGCGACGGCGGGGCUGGCGGGGCACGCGGCACCCGACGGCAACACCAGCCCAGACCCCGCCAGAGGAGGAGGAGGGAUGCCCAGGCGGCCUCCCGUUCCCUGCCGACCUCCUAACCCCCGAGGAUCUGCCCUCCCGCCUGACGCCUGUGCCCACCCCCGCGGGGGCAUCGCCCGGGGAACCGGAAUGGCGACGGCUCCUGGAUGGGACGGCGUGGAGCAGCCAGAUCCAAGAUCCGAAGCGGCAGGAAGAAGAGCGGGGACAGCUGCCCAUGGGAGGGGCGGUGACCGACUCCGAGAAGCGCAUCGAAAACCUGACGGCGGAGAACGAGGGGCUGAAGCACAACCUGAGACUCACCCAGGAGCUGCUGUGGCAGUUGGGGGGGCCUGAGUCUGGCCCCCGCCCUGCCCACCUCCCCCUGCUCCAGGAGGACGCGGCCCCGUGCGCAGAAGCGGGUUGGCGGGCGCGGAGCGUGCCGGAGCAGGAGGAGCGUCUGGGCCGGCUGGAAGAGUGGUUGGCGCUGCUCGGAGGGAGGCAGGAGGAGGCGGCGCGGAGGCUGGAACUGGGGCUCCAGAGGCUCCAGGAUCAACUGGAGGCCCAAGGCCGCCGGGCCUCCCCCACACAGGAUGCACAGGAUCGGGAGCUCCAGGGGCUGAGGGACCAGCUGGCCUGUCUGGAGCGACGGCUGGAGGCGUCCGAGCGGAGCGGCGACGGGGGGCAGCUGGCAGAGUUGCGGGGCCGCCUGGCUGCCCUGCCUCCCGCCCUGCACGGCCUGCGCCGAGGAUGCCUGGACCUCAGGAGCCUGCUCAGAGACUUCGCCCAGAGCUCCAGGGAGGUGCUGAGCCAGGCCCGCGGGCGGAUGGGCAUCCGGGCCCUAGAAGAGCAGCACCAGGUGGAGCCAAGGUUGCGGCGUGACCUCCAGGGGCCACGGCUGGAGCUCAAGGGGAACAUCCGAGUGCUGUGCAGGCUGAAGCCCGGGACUCCAGGAGACGCCAUGAAUGUGGAGCCUGGCCCAGGGGGCACGAUCACCGCCCAGCACAGGGGCAGACAGCGGCGCUUCUGUCUCGACCGGGUCUUCCCUCCCCAAGCCACACAGGAGGAGGUCUUCCUGGAGCUGGAGCCCACGGUCCUGUCCUGCCUCAGUGGCUACAGCGUCUGCAUUUUCGCCUACGGCCAGACCGGCUCGGGAAAGACCUACACGAUGGAGGGCCCCAGCGAGGACCCGGGCAUCGGCCCGCGGGCCCUGCGGGCGCUGUUCCGGGAGCUGGGGGCCGAAGGCGGGCCGGCCCGGCCCCGCGUGCGGGUCAGCAUGGUGGAGAUCUACAAUGAGGUCAUCCGAGACCUGCUGGCCCGGGAGCCGCAGGAGAAGCUAGUGGUCCGGCAGCGUCCGGACGGCAGCGGGCAGCUCCACGUGCCGGGCCUGACCAGUCUCGACGUGCCCAACCUCGAAGAGCUGCACAAGAUGCUGGCUCUUGGGAGGAGCCACCGGGCCACAGCUGCCACCCACAUGAACGAGCAAAGCUCCCGCUCGCACUCCCUGCUCACCCUAACGUUCACCGCCGCUCGGCCUCCCCACGGCUCGGGCGCUUCAGGCCUGCUGCACCUGGUGGAUCUGGCGGGCUCCGAACGGGUGUGGAAAUCCGGGGCGCAGGGCACGCGGCUGCGGGAGGCUCGGAACAUCAACCGCUCCCUCCUGGCACUGGGGGAGGUCAUGGCCGCCCUGCGCGCCCACCGGCCUCACGUGCCCUUCCGCGACUCCCAGCUCACCCGCCUGCUGCAGGGCACGCUGGGCCGCGGCUGCCGGACCCUCAUGCUGGUGCAGAUCUCCACAGAUCCCGAAGACCUGGGAGAGACCGUGUGCUCCCUCAAGUUCGCCGAGCGCGUCGGCCAGGUGGAACUGGGGCCGGCCGUCAAGCACCGGAGCCCCCCCAGCCCGGAGACUCCCCCCACCCGAACCCCCUCUACCCCCGAAACUCCCCCCACCCAGACCCCCUCUACCCCUCCCACCCCAGAGACCCCUCUGUGGCCCUUGCCCCCUUGAAGGAUUCCCAAUCUCCCCUUCCCCUCCAUUUGGUUGCCCCUACAAGCCCCCAGCCCCAGGUGUCCUCUUCCCCUGGCGUCAUCCCCGUGCCCCCUCCCUUCCUGACUUCUCCCAGAGUCCCCGUUCAUCUCCAUCUCCCCCAGGGCCGGACGGAAUCAGUGAAGUGGAAGUUGAGGCCCGUCCGUCCAGCCCGGGGUCCCCUGCCCUGUCUCCCCUGGAAAGGGCCAAGAAAAUGGAGUGGUGGGAGACAGGCUAGGUAGGUCACUCCGCGGAUGAGACCAGGGGUCCCAACUGGUUGAUUUCCCCCAGGCUGACCCUCUUCCUCGCUCCUCACCGGCCUGGGAGCCGGGUCAAACCUAGGCUCCCCCCUCCCCCAGGAGAUUGGGUUAUCUUGCCCGGGCUCUGUCCUGGCCACCCCCAUCGUGGUCACCAUUUGCUGCUGGCUCUGCCCUUCCCCCUAUUGUGGGGGGCGGGGGGGUCUGGUCUUGGGGGUAGAGAGAGCAGGGCUCCACUGGGAGACUGACCUCAUAGCCAGAGACCACCCCCAGUCCGACACCUCCCCUCCAAAGCACCAACUCUGGGGACCAAAGUGUCACAGAUUCCUUUAUUGACGCUGCCCCUUUCCCUCCAGCCCCCCGCUCCAGGGUAGGGGGCUCUGCCUGAUCUCCACCCCCUCAAAAAAAAAGGUGCUGGCUCCCUGCUCCAUCCCCGUCCAUCGCGGUGGGAGGUGGGGGGGAUGAAAUUGAUUGUAACGGCCCCUCCCCCAGUCAUCCCUGGAGAUCCAGAUAAGGAGGAGGGGGCCCGUUCAGCAGAUGGUGAUGGAUGGGCAGACCCCUGCUGGGCCCUCCUCCCCCACCCCAACUCUUCCAGGCUCCGGGGCCACCGGGACAAGUGGGAAGGAAGGCUUUGAACCCGCAACUGGGGUUUUCCCCGCUGCCCCGUCUCUGUGUCCCCCCGCACGGGGGCUUCUCAAUAAAUAGAAACAUUAAAUAUUCA